CAUAUUUGUUUGAUCAGACACCACUGAAAAUCGUAUAAAAACGCGAAGUUAAAGUUACAUUUUAUCAAACAAGUUCAUCUUAUUCUUUCAACAAGUUUGUGAAAAGACAAAAUGAAUAAUCUUCUUAUUUUUUUCACCUUAACGGUCGUUGCAUUCACUGCAAUAGAUCAAACUGAUGCUACUUUCCCAAUGGGAAUGUCACCAGUCAAAAUAAACAUGAAACUGACAAACCCUAUGAAAAUGUUUUCUAGAAAGCCUGCAGCUACCCCAUCAUCAGAGUCAAAAUCUGAAGCUGAGUCUGCUGCAAAUACUGGGAACAAAAGCAAUACCGCUUCUGCAUCUGACAGUGAAGAUUCAAACACGGAAAGCGAUGGCAACCCUAUGGAUGAGUAUGAUGAUACAGAUGACGACAAAGAUUCAUCGGACUUAGGACCAUCUCCAACUAGGUCAGAUUCUGCUGCGGCCUCAUCGAGAUCAUCUUCCAGCUCAGGAACAGGUUCAACCAGCAACUCUGACUCUUCAUCACAAGCAGAAUCGUCAACAACUGGUUCAACAUCAUUCUCUAAUGCAAGUGACUCAUCAGGAUCAUCAUCUGGUUCAGGAUCAUCAACUGGUUCACCUAACAACACUGGUUCAUCAUCAUCAUCAGGAACUGGCUCAGGAUCAUCAUCUGCUGCUGGUGCUUCAGGUGCUUCAUCAGGUUCUGCUGCUGCUGCUUCUUCAGGUGCCUCAUCAGGUUCAUCAUCUGGUUCAGGAUCAUCAACUGGUUCACCUAACAACACUGGUUCAUCAUCAUCAUCAGGAACUGGCUCAGGAUCAUCAUCUGCUGCUGGUGCUUCAGGUGCUUCAUCAGGUUCUGCUGCUGCUGCUUCUUUAGGUGCCUCAUCAGGAUCAUCAUCUGGUUCAGGAUCAUCAACUGGUUCACCUAACAACACUGGUUCAUCAUCAUCAUCAGGAACUGGCUCAGGAUCAUCAUCUGCUGCUGGUGCUUCAGGUGCUUCAUCAGGUUCUGCUGCUGCUGCUUCUUCAGGUGCCUCAUCAGGUUCAUCAUCUGGUUCAGGAUCAUCAACUGGUUCACCUAACAACACUGGUUCAUCAUCAUCAUCAGGAACUGGCUCAGGAUCAUCAUCUGCUGCUGGUGCUUCAGGUGCUUCAUCAGGUUCUGCUGCUGCUUCUUCAGGUGCCUCAUCAGGUUCAUCAUCUGGUUCAGGAUCAUCAACUGGUUCACCUAACAACACUGGUUCAUCAUCAUCAUCAGGAACUGGCUCAGGAUCAUCAUCUGCUGCUGGUGCUUCAGGUGCUUCAUCAGGUUCUGCUGCUGCUUCUUCUUCAGGUGCCUCAUCAGGUUCAUCAUCUGGUUCAGGAUCAUCAUUUGGUUCAGGAUCAUCAACUGGUUCACCUAACAACACUGGUUCAUCAUCAUCAUCAGGAACUGGCUCAGGAUCAUCAUCUGCUGCUGGUGCUUCAGGUGCUUCAUCAGGUUCUGCUGCUGCUCUUCCAGGUGCCUCAUCAGGUUCAUCAUCUGGUUCAGGAUCAUCAACUGGUUCACCUAACAACACUGGUUCAUCAUCAUCAUCAGGAACUGGCUCAGGAUCAUCAUCUGCUGCUGGUGCUUCAGGUGCUUCAUCAGGUUCUGCUGCUGCUUCUUCAGGUGCCUCAUCAGGUUCAUCAUCUGGUUCAGGAUCAUCAACUGGUUCACCUAACAACACUGGUUCAUCAUCAUCAUCAGGAACUGGCUCAGGAUCAUCAUCUGCUGCUGGUGCUUCAGGUGCUUCAUCAGGUUCUGCUGCUGCUGCUUCUUCAGGUGCCUCAUCAGGUUCAUCAUCUGGUUCAGGAUCAUCAACUGGUUCACCUAACAACACUGGUUCAUCAUCAUCAUCAGGAACUGGCUCAGGAUCAUCAUCUGCUGCUGGUGCUUCAGGUGCUUCAUCAGGUUCUGCUGCUGCUGCUUCUUCAGGUGCCUCAUCAGGUUCAUCAUCUGGUUCAGGAUCAUCAUCUGGUUCAGGAUCAUCAACUGGUUCACCUAACAACACUGGUUCAUCAUCAUCAUCAGGAACUGGCUCAGGAUCAUCAUCUGCUGCUGGUGCUUCAGGUGCUUCAUCAGGUUCUGCUGCUGCUGCUUCUUCAGGUGCCGCAUCAGGUUCAUCAUCUGGUUCAGGAUCAUCAUCUGGUUCAGGAUCAUCAACUGGUUCAUCAUCAUCAUCAGGAACUGGCUCAGGAUCAUCAUCUGCUGCUGGUGCUUCAGGUGCUUCAUCAGGUUCUGCUGCUGCUACUUCUUCAGGUGCCGCAUCAGGUUCAUCAUCUGGUUCAGGAUCAUCAUCUGGUUCAAAAUCAUCAACUGGUUCACCUAACAACACUGGUUCAUCAUCAUCAUCAGGAACUGGCUCAGGAUCAUCAUCUGCUGCUGGUGCUUCAGGUGCUUCAUCAGGUUCUGCUGCUGCUGCUUCUUCAGGUGCCUCAUCAGGUUCAUCAUCUGGUUCAGGAUCAUCAACUGGUUCACCUAACAACACUGGUUCAUCAUCAUCAUCAGGAACUGGCUCAGGAUCAUCAUCUGCUGCUGGUGCUUCAGGUGCUUCAUCAGGUUCAUCAUCUGGUUCAGGAUCAUCAACUGGUUCACCUAACAACACUGGUUCAUCAUCAUCAUCAGGAACUGGCUCAGGAUCAUCAUCUGCUGCUGCUUCUUCAGGUGCUUCAUCAGGUUCUGCUGCUGCUGCUUCUUCAGGUGCCUCAUCAGGUUCAUCAUCUGGUUCAGGAUCAUCAACUGGUUCACCUAACAACACUGGUUCAUCAUCAUCAUCAGGAACUGGCUCAGGAUCAUCAUCUGCUGCUGGUGCUUCAGGUGCUUCAUCAGGUUCUGCUGCUGCUGCUUCUUCAGGUGCCUCAUCAGGUUCAUCAUCUGGUUCAGGAUCAUCAACUGGUUCACCUAACAACACUGGUUCAUCAUCAUCAUCAGGAACUGGCUCAGGAUCAUCAUCUGCUGGUGCUUCAGGUGCUUCAUCAGGUUCUGCUGCUGCUGCUUCUUCAGGUGCCUCAUCAGGUUCAUCAUCUGGUUCAGGAUCAUCAACUGGUUCAUCAUCAUCAUCAGGAACUGGCUCAGGAUCAUCAUCUGCUGCUGGUGCUUCAGGUGCUUCAUCAGGUUCUGCUGCUGCUGCUUCUUCAGGUGCCUCAUCAGGUUCAUCAUCUGGUUCAGGAUCAUCAACUGGUUCAUCAUCAUCAUCAGGAACUGGCUCAGGAUCAUCAUCUGCUGCUGCUUCUUCAGGUGCUUCAUCAGGUUCUGCUGCUGCUGCUUCUUCAGGUGCCUCAUCAGGUUCAUCAUCUGGUUCAGGAUCAUCAACUGGUUCACCUAACAACACUGGUUCAUCAUCAUCAUCAGGAACUGGCUCAGGAUCAUCAUCUGCUGCUGGUGCUUCAGGUGCUUCAUCAGGUUCUGCUGCUGCUGCUUCUUCAGGUGCCUCAUCAGGUUCAUCAUCUGGUUCAGGAUCAUCAACUGGUUCACCUAACAACACUGGUUCAUCAUCAUCAGGAACUGGCUCAGGAUCAUCAUCUGCUGCUGGUGCUUCAGGUGCUUCAUCAGGUUCUGCUGCUGCCUUCCAGGUGCCAUCAUCAUCAGGAACUGGCUCAGGAUCAUCAUCUGCUGCUGGUGCUUCAGGUGCUUCAUCAGGUUCUGCUGCUGCUGCUUCUUCAGGUGCCUCAUCAGGUUCAUCAUCUGGUUCAGGAUCAUCAACUGGUUCACCUAACAACACUGGUUCAUCAUCAUCAUCAGGAACUGGCUCAGGAUCAUCAUCUGCUGCUGGUGCUUCAGGUGCUUCAUCAGGUUCUGCUGCUGCUGCUUCUUCAGGUGCCUCAUCAGGUUCAUCAUCUGGCUCAGGAUCAUCAUCUGCUGCUGGUGCUUCAGGUGCUUCAUCAGGUUCUGCUGCUGCUGCUUCUUCAGGUGCCUCAUCAGGUUCAUCAUCUGGCUCAGGAUCAUCAUCUGCUGCUGGUGCUUUAGGUGCUUCAUCAGGUUCUGCUGCUGCUGCUUCUUCAGGUGCCUCAUCAGGUUCAUCAUCUGGUUCAGGAUCAUCAACUGGUUCAUCAGGUCUCGCUGCUGCUGCUUCUUCAGGUGCCCUCACAGGUUCAUCAUCUGGUUCAGGAUCAUCAACUGGUUCACCUAACAACACUGGUUCAUCAUCAUCAUCAGGAACUGGCUCAGGAUCAUCAUCUGCUGCUGGUGCUUCAGGUGCUUCAUCAGGUUCUGCUGCUGCUGCUUCUUCAGGUGCCUCAUCAGGUUCAUCAUCUGGUUCAGGAUCAUCAACUGGUUCAUCAUCAUCAUCAGGAACUGGCUCAGGAUCAUCAUCUGCUGCUGGUGCUUCAGGUGCUUCAUCAGGUUCUGCUGCUGCUGCUUCUUCAGGUGCCUCAUCAGGUUCAUCAUCUGGUUCAGGAUCAUCAACUGGUUCACCUAACAACACUGGUUCAUCAUCAUCAUCAGGAACUGGCUCAGGAUCAUCAUCUGCUGCUGCUUCUUCAGGUGCUUCAUCAGGUUCAUCAUCUGGUUCAGGAUCGUUUUAUAAUGAAGCUGGUCAAAAAUGUGUUUGUUAUGCAUAAUAUCUUGAUAUCGAUGAUUGCUAAUCUCGUUUCGAAUUUAAAUAAAUUUUAUUGCAAUUAAUUGA